AUGUGUCGGUCGAUAUCUGCAGGGUAUUCCCGGCUUCGCGGGGUGGGCGUCGAGGAAUCCUAUAAAUGCCGCGGCGCCUCCCAGGACUUCUAUGACGUCCUGGACUUCUAUGACGUCCUGGACUUCCAUGACGUCCUGGACUUCCAUGACGUCCUGGACUUUCAUAAUGUCCAGGACUUCCAUGACGUCCAGGACUUCCAUGAUGUCCAGAACGCCCUGGACUCCCAUGACAUGCACGACGUCUAUGACAGGGAGAAAUGUACGGACUACGCCUUCCCCAGCCUGCCGCCCCGCGUCGCCCCGCUCUUCCUGCUGGACAAGGGGCUCCGCGCCUGGGCCUUCCCCGCCGCCGAGCUGCAAGACGCCGAGUCGUGGGCCACGGUGUCGCCGGAGCUGCUCAACUACGGGCUGGCGCUGCUGGUGUACGCGGUGCGCUACCCGGCGGUGUUCUGGCGCGGCAACAAGACGUUCGGCGCGCUUUUCUCCAUCCAGCUGGCGGCCAACGGCGCGCAGAGCAUCCUGGCGCUGCUGGGCGCCUCGGCGCUCUACAAGGUGCAGGUGUUCGGCCACCACCCGCCGCCGCCGGACGCCGGCAUGCUGCUGUCACCGGGACUCACCCUAGGCCUGCUCAUCGCCACCACGCUGCUGGUCAUGGCCUCCAGCCUCGUGCUGUACCUCUACGGCUACGGAAGGCUGCACGCGUUCCUGCAGACGGAGGCGGCCAAGCGCGUGAUCCGAGUGCGUCCGCGCAGCCACGGCUGGGUGUGCUUCACGCACUGCUCGGCGCUGUGCGUGCUGCUGUGCGCGUGCGUGUGCGAGGCCCCGCUCGUGCACGACUGGACCAUCCUGUACCGCGGCUCGCUGGACACGGCCGUGCUGGUGACGCUGUGCGCCUGCAUCCUGCACCUGCUGUGCUGGGUCGUGCUGUGGCUGCUGCUCACCGUCAAGCACAAAUGGACCUUCAAGCUCCGCGUGACGGUGGCGCGCGCCGUGGUCCGGUCGGCGCGCUCCGUCCGCCUCUGCACCGACGUGGAGCUCCUGAGCGGC